AUGAGUCUUGAUGAAGAAUGCGAUGACAGUAAUGUAUUAAAUGGAAAUGAUCGAACAUGUAGAUUAGAAUAAUAAUUUAUUUGUAAAGACUCAGUUUGUAUAAAACCAGAAUUACUUAUUCAAAUUCUAAUAUAAGCAGGUGAUCAAUCUAUAUAAUAUAACAUACUCCUACAAUUUAACAAUGAUAUAGAUUUUAAUAAGGAUGUUGAAGUAUUCAUUCUAAAUGGUUAAGAAGAAAUAAAUAUAAAAUAAUAAUGUGACAUCACCUUCAAUAUGAAUAAUUAAUUCAUCCAAACUCAAAUUAACUGA